AAAAGCCGUUUGCUUUUUUUGAAAUCUACAUGACGGAUAAGAAGGAGAUCAUCGAUAUCUACAGUUCAGAUGAGGAAGACGAAGAAGAAGAAGAUGAUGAUAUCGAUGGCGAGAGUAGCGACGAAGACGAUUAUGAAGAAGAUGAUGAUGAUGAUGAUGAUGAUGAUGAUGAUGAAGAAGAUCGGAGUUUGAGUGGAGAUGAUAGCGAAUUGAGCGAAGAUGAUUCUACGGAUUCGAAUUCGGAUUCUGAUGACGACGAUGAAGACGAUGAUGAGGAAGACGAUGAUGAAGACUCUCUAGUUGAUAAAGUCACUGGUCUAUUCAAAGAUUUUGGUUUGUUAAUGUCUUCCUCUAAAACUCCCCAGAUUGAUGGUCAUAAGACUGAUUGUAUAAGAGUGUUGGUUGAUGUUGAGAGAGGUAGAGCUGUCCCAAACUGGCUUGGUGGUGACUUGGGACCUCAAGAGUUGGUGGAGAACCCAAAUGACCAUGGGAGGAGUGUGAGGAAUCUCGGGAUAAGGAGAAAGAAAGGGAAUGAUUGAGGUAAAGCAUCACAGACGCUAGGACCGAGGAGGCAGGGAGAGCAGACGGGAUCGUGCUACAAUGAAUCAUGUCAAAGACUGUGAUAGGAGCUGUAUGAUACAAACCAACGAAGUAAAAUGGUUCUUGUAGU